AUGAAGAAACGGAACAGUCCGCCACCGCCGACGGCGGACGGUGGCAUUGGCAGUGAAUCGCUACUCCAUGCUUCACGGCACACGAUGGCGGUCAAUGAGUUUAAGCUGAUCAACGAACGGCCGGUUGAUGAAAUAUCGUUAGACUUUUUCUACAAACCGCACACGAUAACAUUGCUGGCCGUUUCGAUAUUCGGAGUGAUGUACUUUGCCUUUGUCCGCAACCAGUCCGAUAUUCAGGAGAACAUUUGGGCCGGCAUGCUGUGCGUCAUAUUCUUCUUUCUUAUAAUCUCGGUGCUCGCCUUUCCAAAUGGGCCGUUCACGCGACCUCACCCGGUGGUGUGGCGGAUGCUUUUCGGCCUGUCCGUGCUCUAUUUGAUGCUGCUGCAGUUUCUGAUGUUCCAGGAUUACAAAUCGAUCAUGGGGAUCUUCUACUGGUUCGAUCCGAAGCUUAGAGAUUUCCACAUCGACAUGGAGAAGCAAUAUGCCGCCAAUUGCUCGGAUAUGUCAUUUGAUCGCAUUUGGUCCCACGUGGACGUGUUUGCCUGGGGCCACUUCCUGGGUUGGGCCUUCAAGGCCGUGCUGAUUCGACACAUGGGCAUCCUGUGGGCGAUCUCGGUGAUGUGGGAGAUAACGGAGAUAACGUUCGCGCAUCUGCUGCCCAACUUUGCCGAGUGCUGGUGGGACGCAUUGAUCCUGGAUGUGCUGGUGUGCAAUGGGUUUGGCAUUUGGUGCGGGUUGAAAAUCUGCAAACUGCUCGAGAUGCGCGAGUACAAGUGGGCCAGCAUCCGAGACAUCUCGUCUACCACCGGCAAGCUAAAGCGCGCUGUUCUUCAGUUUACCCCCGAAAGCUGGGCACCAGUUCGGUGGCUCGACCCGAAGUGCACCUACAUGCGGUUCUUCGCCGUAUGCCAACUCGUUCUGCUGUGGCAGCUGACUGAACUGAACACGUUCUUUUUGAAGCACAUUUUCGAAAUGCCCCCGUCACAUCCGGUCGUCAUCGGACGGCUAGUAUUUGUUGGACUUUUCACAGCGCCAUCAGUCCGGCAGUACUAUAUCUACGUGACGGAUACUGCCUGCAAGCGCUUGGGCACACAGUGCUGGGUGUACAUUGCCAUCUUGGUAUCGGAAGCCAUUUUGUGCAUCAAAAACGGCAAGGAGUUGUUCGAACGCACGCAGGUGAAAAACAUCGUCGUGUGGUUAAUUAUACAGGCGGCUCUCUCAGUGCUGUUCGUGUACGGUUGCAUGCUAUGGCAUCGAUACAUAGAGGAGGACGACUCGAGAGAUGGAUCUCCGGUGAAGCAAAUGAAUCGCGCGUUUAAAGAUUCCGCCAUCCUAUCGGGUGACUCGAAAGGAAGCAAAGCUGGUUCCUCAUCGGUAAAAAACUCACCCCAAUCUACGCCCACCAAAAAAGCUCGAUCUCAACAGCAAGGGAACAUUGUUCCAUCCGGAAAACUGUCUCGCGAACACCUUGAGUAGGCUUAGGUAGUUUAAUUAACAAUUGCAUCGCCCGGUUCAGUUCGGGUGUGCCCGUUUUGCUCGGGAUUUCCAUGUGCCGGUGUUCUUCAGGCUUCUGCAGCACUUUAUCAUUGCUGCUAUUACUAUUACCACUUUGACUGCUUCUCUCUCACUUUUCGUACCAUGUUACAACCCUUGUACAAACUCCAAACAGCCCAAAAUGAUCCAAGCAGCACCGUUAAAAGUGUUGCAAUGAAAACAUAAAUCCAUUUCAGUUAUUCUUUACACGAUUUGCUUUCAGUGGCCAACAGUAGCAUCCGUUCUAUUCCUAAACCUACCCUAGGUUUUGGUCAGAUUCUUCCUUCGUACAAACACACAUUCUUCCUGCGUACUCCACAAUAUGCUGCUUGAAUUAAGUUUAUUUUGCGUUGCGUUUUGUUGCGUUUAGUGUUUGAAUCAGAGAAAAAAAGUAUAUGCUUUCGCGCGUGGUUCCAUGCAGCAUUGUUACCGUAGUGCGCAAUGCUUUAGCGUAGUGUACAAUCUGCACGUAUGCCUCGUUAUUCGUUACUGGUUUACUUGGCACGAGGUUUGAAAAAGGCUGAACGUUCACUAAGUUCUUAGGAUUAGCUAGAGUCGAACUGCGGCGAUACCAACGAUUAGACCUUCAACACAUGAAUCGAAACAUGUGGUAUCCUUUACUGGCAAACGCGCGCUGUGUUCUUGCGACAGAAUAAAUAAGAAGUUGAAUUAUCAGUUUUGUACGGCGGUGCCAAGAAGUAGCAUGCUCUAUUGCGAUGUACAAAUUGAGGAGCGACGGCAAUUAAUAAUAAUAUCAGAAUAUCAAGAGACUCGAGCAAUGGAAGCAUUCGCUUUCUGCCUAUUGGUCAGAAACAUGUUUGCGAGAAGUGAUAGUGCACGUGGAGAUAGAUAGCGAAAGGAACAGCUGCACCGUUGUCUUAUUCCAGCGAGCUUCCUACAAAAACAGCAGACAGCAUGUAAACUGUACAGAAACAAUCUCGCAGAUACGGUUUCGGGCGCACGAACUUUGUUUUCUCCAGUUGGCGAAGUUGCUACAUAAAAAUAAUGUACCUCGUUGUGUAGAAUUACUUCUUCGUUAUGGAACAAAGGCGACCGGCCCGGAAUUAAUGUCUUUUCCUUUACUCUUCAACCGGGUACGAUCCUAACAUAUCUCUGUAAGCGAAACAAAUUGAGGAAUCAUUUUUAACAUCAUCGAGAAGCGUUACCAGGCACGGGACAUAACGUUUUUAUUUUCUCUCCUUGUAGAUAAUGUAGUGUAAUUUCUUCAAUCUUGUUGCACUAGCUUAUUUAAGACGCUUGCGUUUUUCUGCCUCUUUGGACACACGAAACAAAAAAAAAAUCGUUCGAAACAAUUCAAACAGUUGUAUGCUGCUUCGCUUUUAAUUUAAGCUGACAGAAGACCUUUCUCUUAGCCAUAGAACGUCCUGUCUCGUUAAGGACAAAAAUCUCUCUAGUCAGUAAGGAAAGUCGGGAGGAAAAGCGAAAUUUAACGUUCCUCACUCGGGGGCUACGGUAAUGGUUUUGUUUUUCAUUUCUCUCCCCCUCAACCAAACAAAUUAAAAGUAGAUUAUCAGAAAUUUUCCCAAAUCUAAUGGGAACGUCUCUGUCGUACGGCGUGUAGUUCCUUUUCAUGAUUUGUAUGUUUUUUUUUGGCAGGAAUUGUAGAAGCAGACAGUCUACGUUGCACCACAGGCUCGUGCCGU